AUCUACUCACCCUACAAUGUUGAUUGAAGAGAUUCCCACCAAAAGGAAUGCCAAUAGUUCCACCGUCUACUUCACCUCGUCCAUCAACAUCUCGGCGAGGCCCACCUCCCGGUUGAACCAGCAGAAUAGUGAGGCGCAAAACCAACCCAAAGCAAAGAAGACAAAAAUCAACUACAACUUGAAUGACUUGAUGAACAAACAGAUCCAAUCAAGCGACAGUUCCCAGCUCAGUUCGGGCCCGUUGAAGUCGUCACAGCAGCUUACGCUCGAGCGGCUGGCGACAAAGAGACUCUUGGACUUGAGCAAGGAAACUAGUCAAUCUACCUUUGAUUUACCCAAGAACUUUGAAUAUAAGAACAGAGCUGGUAAAGGUACAGGUUCAAGACAGGGCAAUACCCCUGGAACCAAGAAGAUCUUGUCGGCGCGCCGUAACUUGAAUCUGUACUUUGAAGAAGAGAGAAACUUGGUGUCCAUAAAUUCAAUCUUGGGAUUGAAUUAUCAGUACCUUGACCAACUAGACUCGACAGAUACAAAUAAUAAGGGCAAAAAGAAUUCUCCCACCAAGUUAUCCCGUCCCAGAAUCAAGUUGUGUUGCAUUUGCAGCAACUUGCUGAGCUAUGCCAGAUGCAACAGUUGUGGUUUGUUCUUCUGCAAGAUCCAAUGUUAUAAGCUUCACCAGGAGAGCAGAUGUCUUUAAUAUAAUCCGCUAGUUAUGAAGCGGCAGUCAGCUGUCUAGAUGCCUCUUGAAGAUUAUCCCUUACGACUCAUGACCUGUACACUAUUUAGGUGUUUCUCAAUAGACAAUCUAGACAUGUAAAGUUGUUAUGCUCGUAAUCCAGUUGGC